AUGACAAUUCUAGGCAACCUUAAAACUGGAACUUACACUCUUAGGAAUGCUAGUACAAAUGACUUUCUCGUUGUACAAGGCCCAAAGGAUGCCGCUACCCUGGUAACAGGCAAUGAUGGCCGGGCAGAGAAUGCCGCAUGGGUCAUUGAAAAACUCAGUGGGCAUUACGACAAGUACAACAUCAGAAGUUUCGCGCAUAACUCCUAUGCCACUGUCAACUCUAUCCAAAAAAGAAGUGCUGCACUCACAUGUGGGCGCCAGGGUCUACUUACACAGCAGUUAAUACAGGCGCUGUUGACGGACGAUCGGACUAACACCGUCCAUUGGUACUUGCAGCGUGUAUCGGCCUGA